GACAAUUGCGCACUCACUUUCACAAGCUUCCAAGCCUCUCUCUAUAAAUGAUGUCGAUAACUAUCGAAAAGAUACUUGCCGCCUCCCCAGUGACAACGAGGGGACAACCGACUCACCUGUCAGCUGAUGCCAAAGGGGAAAGGAUAGCUUAUGCUUCUGGGAAAUCAGUCUUCGUUCGAUCCAUCGAUGAUCCUUCCAAAAGCAAACAAUACACUGGCCACACAGCCCAAACGACUGUAGCCAAGUUUUCUCCAAGUGGCUUCUACAUCGCCAGUGGUGAUGUUUCGGGCUCAAUCCGCAUAUGGGAUUCGUUAGAAGCUGAGAACACCAAAGGUGAAUAUCACAUUAUCUCAGGUCGUAUCAAUGAUAUUGCCUGGGAUGGUGACUCGCAGCGCGUGAUCGCUGUUGGUGAUGGGCGCGAACGGUUUGGGCACGCCAUCACCGCAGACAGUGGAAAUAGCGUAGGUGAGAUAUCUGGACAUUCAAAGGUUAUCAACUCAGUCGCUAUAAGGCCCUUGAGGCCCCUCCGAGCUUCGACCGUUAGCGACGACAUGGCUAUGUGCUUUCUACAUGGCGCUCCAUUCAAAUUCAAUUCGAAGUCUACUGGCCUUCAUAAGGGAUUUGUCUUGAGCACGGCCUUCUCGCCGGAUGGAGAGACACUCGUUACUGUAGGUGCGGACAAGCGAAUUCAACUGUACGAUGGGAAGACUGGUGAGCCGACAAAGUCCAUUGGCGAAGGCGAGCAUACCGGUAGUAUUUUCGCCGUCAGCUGGGCGAAAGACUCAAAGAGAUUCGCCACGGCUAGCGCCGACCAGACUGUCAAGCUAUGGGAUGUGGAGUCAGGGAAAGUCACACAGACAUGGAGAUUUGAAGACGAAGGCGGCGUCAGUGUCCCGGACCAGCAGGUUGGCGUGAUUUGGCCUCAUGGCCGUAGCGACGGUCUGAUCAUUAGUCUUAGUCUUGGCGGAGACCUAAGCUACCUUGUAGAAGGAAGCCCUCAACCCAUCAGAGUUGUUCAAGGACACAAUAAAAGCAUUACAGCUUUAGGAGUAGGAUCGGAUGGCAAAGGUCAAACUCUAUGGACUGGAAGCUUUGAUGGGCGAGUUACCAAAUGGGAUGUCACUUCUGGUGUGGGUAGCGUUGUGGAUGGCCAGAGCCAUACGAACCAAGUGACGGAAUUCACUUCAAAUACCGGACGAGCAUACAGUGUUGGGUGGGAUGAUACUUUACGCAUAGUUGACGAGUCUGCAAACACGUUUGCUGGAGAGUCACUGAAGUUGUCAGCACAGCCGAAAGGUGUUGCUUCCGCAGACGGACGCGUGUACGUCGCAACAGCCGCCGGCGUCGAGGUUUACGUUAAGGACCAACUUGCAGGCAAGCUUGACAUCACGGACUCCCAACCCACGGCGAUCGCCGCCCAGGGGUCUUUGGUGGCUGUGGGUCUAAGCAACAAAGCUGUUAGGCUGUACAAGGCAGACGCGAGCAAUAAGUUAACGCAAUCACACGAGGCUAAAAACUCGACGGCGGAGAUAUCGGCCCUGGCGUUCUCGAAAGACGGCUCCUUGCUUGCCGCAGGAAACACGUCUGGUAAGAUAUACGCGUACAAGACGGGCACCCUCGAGGUUGCGACGGAUCGGUGGUCUGCGCAUACGGGUCGUGUGACGAGCAUCGCGUGGAACGAAGCGGGCACACACGCCAUCAGCGGGGCGCUUGACACGAACGUUUUCGUGUGGAGCUUGGCAAAGCCGGGAAGUAGGGUUAAGACACUGAAUGCCCACAAGGACGGCGUCUACGGCGUCGCCUGGGUGGAUGGCGGGAAGAAGGUCGCUAGCACGGGUGGAGAUGCGGCUAUCAAAGUCUGGAAUGUAGCGGGUUUGCAAUGAGCGAGAGCAAAGAGAUAGAGACAUGAUGACAUGAAGUAGAGCCUAGUAAAGCCUGGCGUUUUACUGGGGUCGUCGAUGAUAGCGAUGAAUAUAUAAGAGAAUAAACUCAUCCGAUUUAUCGUUGAAGGAGUCGUGAGAUUCUCCUAGAUGACCGGAAGUUUUCUUUGGACGCGUUCUUUCCAAGCAAGUUGUCGGUGGAUUUUCCCCUAAAUCUAUUAGUAUAAGAAUAUAACAUCGUAUGCGUUCAA